AUGCCUCACAUGCACGACUUGUCAAAGUGUGUUUGCAAGCCUGACGAUGGCUGUGGCGACAACUGCCAAAAUAGAAUCAUGCUCUACGAAUGUGAUGCCGGCAACUGCAACGUUGGAAAGGAGCUAUGCACAAAUCGCUCAUUCAGCGACCUGGCCGCUCGGCGGUCCAAGGGCGGCAAGUAUAGAGUCGGCGUAGAAGUGAUAAAGACGUCGGACCGUGGCUACGGCGUCCGAAGCAACCGCUGCUUCAAGGCGAACCAAAUCAUCAUGGAGUACACUGGCGAAAUCAUCACCGAGAAGGAAUGCGAGCGCCGUAUGAAUGAAGAGUACAAGAAGAAUGAGUGCUACUACUUGAUGAGCUUCGAUCAGAACAUGAUCAUUGAUGCCACGACUGGCAGCAUCGCCCGAUUCGUCAAUCACAGCUGCAACCCCAAUUGCCGCAUGAUCAAGUGGAUUGUGUCGGGACAGCCUCGCAUGGCUCUUUUUGCUGGCGACCGGCCCAUCAUGACGGGAGACGAGCUCACAUACGACUACAACUUUGACCCCUUCUCCGCCAAGAACGUGCAGAAAUGCCUUUGCGGCGAACACAACUGCCGAGGAGUCCUGGGCCCGAAACCACGCGACGUGAAGCCGGCCAAGGCUGACAUCAAGAGGACCGUCAAAGCAACCGUCAAGGCCGGAAAGCGCAAGCUGAAGGAGCUCAUGGGAGAGGAGGAGUCCGACAAUGGGAAGGCCAAGAAGCGCAAGGUUGCGCCUGCCAAGGGUCUGCAGCGUUCCAUUUCGAGCGCCAGUCUCAAGGCCGCCAAGGGUGCUGCCACGGCGCUGAAGAAGGGCGUGUCGUCUAUCACGGUCAAGGGGAAGAAGACGAUGGCGACCAAGACUCCCGCUCAGAGACGCGCCAGCACCGGGGCCGUCGCCAAGAAAAAGGUGACGACCACGAAGCUGGUCAAGAAGAAUGGCCCCGGCGGCCGAGCUGCUUACGUUUCGUCACGGGCUUCCAGCAUGACCAUUGUGGCUGUUGCUGACGAGAACGCCAGGCCUGACAGGAAGGGCAAGGUGGCGUCGCCUGGCACUGCGAAGCGGCCGAACUCGGCGUCCAACAAGAUGCCACGCAUGUCGUUGAGCUCGACUGGUCGCGUCCUCAAGCCUUCCCCCAAGGCCAAGAUUCGAAUGGUCUUGCAGGAGUAG